AUGCAAAGAAUAAUGAAAAUUAAUAAGCAACUAAAUCUUUGUUAUCUUACUGGCAUUGCUGCUACAGUCUUCCUUUUCACAAAGCUAACUGAAAAGAAAUUCACGAUUAAUGAUCCCUACAGCAUAAAUUAUCCUGACCAAAGAAACUUCAGUCCAAUUUGGUCGAAUUCUCUAGGAGAAACCGAUCUAUUUGUCGGCAUUCCAACUGUCAAAAGAGCUGCGGAAAGCUACCUCAGAGACACACUGACUUCAAUAAAGAAUGAUUUGAGGACCUUCAAAGAUUCAGAAACCUUCAAAAUCUCGAUUGUUCUUUUUGUCGGAAAAAGUGACAAAAAUUAUUUCGACGAACUUGUGGAAGAAUAUCAAGAUGACCUGAGUGACGAUUUCGCGAUUCUUAUGGCUCCUGAUGAUUAUUACCACAAAUAUCUUGUCAAGCCGAUAAGCCCGACUUUUGGCGAUUCCAUGGAGCGAAUGUUCUGGCGAACGAUGCAAGCUCUCGACUACAUUUUCCUCUGGGAAAGCGCCAUCGAUUUUCCACUUUAUCUUCAACUCGAAGACGACGUUCUAGUCAGCCCUGGUUUCUUCCAUUUCAUCAGCGGUCAUUUGAAAAGCCUUGAAAACCGAAGAGAUUGGUUUUCACUCGAGUUUUCGCCGCUUGGCUUCAUUGGCAAAAUGUUCAAUAAAGAAAGUUUGCAGGCGCUGACGCAGUACAGCAAGUUAUUUUUUGACGUGAAGCCGAUUGAUUGGAUUUAUUGGAGUUAUAUCAGAAUGAAAGUUUGUUCUCCGGAGUGGGACAAAGACAGAUGCGAACGGGAACUUCGAAAAAUUGUGAUUCCCUGCAGCUCAAGAAUUCCACUCCUCAGACAUAUUGGCUCGAUUUCAUCCCUCGACGGAAAAGUCCAGAAUCUAGUUGACAGGCCGCAAGGAAACCCCGAAGUUUCGAAACUCCGUUGCACUGAUAACAUCGACUUAUCAGAAUUGAAAGCAAUUUACUACUCUUCGAAAACAAUUAAAGUUUUUUCAAUGAAAGACAAGAAAACAACAAUUGAAAUUUCAUUCCGCCACCUUCAGUCGCCAGAAAAGCUCAUUUUUUACCAUGGCUCCUCCCAAAAGCUUCCUGGCGAGCUGAGUAAUCAAUCCAAAUCGAAAAUUCCUUACACAACAAAGAUAUAUGCAGAUAUUUAUGGAGAGGGAUGGAAACAUGUUCUGGACUUUUUCCAGUGCAAUCACGGAUCCAAAACAACGACACUUGGUGUUAAAACCUCUUGCUCGAUGAACAAACUAAGUUCCGAAAAAACUAUCAUCAAAGCAAUCAAAAUCGAAGUCUCGAGCGAUCAUGAACCUUUUCUUCUUCAUAAAAUUGACAUCUUUAGAUCAUAA